GUAUAGCCCCCAAGAGUCUUUUCACCACCAAAGUUACAUUUUGAGUCUGUUCAUAGGCAAGGCAUGGCUUCAUCUAUCACUCUGAUCGCAGUCUUUUCAAUUGCCCUGUUUGCAUGCAUCACGGAAGCAAGGAAGAAUCCUACGGACUUUUUGCAAUCUGCUGUCAUUAACGAGCAUACUGAGGACAAUCACCAUGCAGAGUCGUCCCUUUCCAAUCAGAAGAAGACAAGUAAUGGUAACACAUUGAAGGAUUUCGAGUCGAAACCCGGCUCCUUUCUCUGGGGGUAUCAAGGCAACGACGCUGAGUCUAAGUCUAAGGAGGAGAAGCCUCUUAUGAAAGGCUUUGAGUCAAAGCCCGGCUCCUUUCUUUGGGGGUAUCAGGGCAACGACGCUGAAUCUAAGUCUAAGGAGGAGAAGCCUCUUAUGAAAGGCUUUGAGUCGAAGCCCGGCUCCUUUCUCUGGGGAUAUCAAGGCAACGACGUUGAGUCUAAGUCUAAGGAGGAGAAGCCUCUUAUGAAAGACUUUGAGUCAAAGCCCGGCUCCUUUCUCUAGGGGUAUCAAGGUCCUCUUAUGAAAGACUUUGAGUCGAAACCUGGCUCCUUUCUCUGGGGGUAUUAAGGAAACGACGCUGAGUCUAAGUCUAAGGAGGAGAAGCCUCUUAUGAAAGACUUUGAGUCGAAGCCCGGCUCCUUUCUCUGGGGGUAUCAAGGCCCUCUUAUGAAAGACUUUGAGUCAAAGCCCGGCUCCUUUCUCUGGGGGUAUCAAGGCAAUGACGCUGAGUCUAAGUCUAAGGAGGAGAAGCCACUUAUGAAAGACUUUGAGUCGAAGCCCGGCUCCUUUCUCUGGGGGUAUCAAGGCAACCACGCUGAGUAUAAGGAGGAGAAACCACUCGUGAAAGAUAAUUAAUGUCCAGGGAAGCCGCAACUUUACCUCUGAAUGAGCUACGGACAUAUAUGUCUUCUGGCUGGUCUGAUUUUCUCCAUUUUCUUUAUUGGCAUGAAAAUGUGUGAUAUGUAAUAAAUGCAGUUCUUCUUUCAACCAAGCGUUCCGUAUAAUUAAUUAAA